CCUUCUUUCUUUUUUUGACGCCAUCUUGAAGUGGUCAAGAUGCCUAAACCAGUUUGUUCGAAGACUUUCACGACUCCUCGUCGUCCUUUUGAGAAAGAACGCUUGGAUCAAGAAUUGAAGAUAAUUGGCGAGUAUGGGUUAAGAAAUAAGCGCGAAGUAUGGCGUGUUAAAUACACUUUGGCUAAGAUUCGCAAAGCUGCUCGAGAGUUGCUGACUCUAGACGAAAAAGACCCGCGUCGUUUGUUCGAAGGCAACGCAUUGCUACGUCGUCUUGUACGUAUCGGGGUUUUGGAUGAAAGCCGCAUGAAGCUCGAUUAUGUUUUAGGCCUUCGUAUUGAAGACUUCUUGGAGCGACGUCUUCAAACUCAAGUUUUCAAAUUGGGUCUGGCAAAAUCUAUCCAUCAUGCUAGAGUUCUUAUUUUUCAGCGUCAUAUAAGGGUUCGUAAACAGUUAGUCAACGUACCUUCCUAUAUAGUACGUUUGGAUUCGCAGAAACACAUUGACUUUAGUUCUAAAUCACCAUAUGGUGGUGGUCGACCUGGUCGUGUAAAACGUAAGAACAUGAAGAAAGGAGGUCAAGGUGGAUCUGGUGGUGAAGAUGAAGAUGAGGAUUAAGACUGGGUCUCUCUACAUGUGAAAGCUGCCAUGUGGAAUAUAUAAUUCUUACGAGACAUUGUAAAUCAAUCAAUAAAUUUUGAUGCACAAUUCAA